CGCGCGGGGGCGGAAUGGUGGGGGAGGGAGGAAGGACGCGCCAUCAGUCCAACGCGAACCUCGGACGAGUGUGGGUCUCGCGCGCGCGCGUGCGUGCGUGUGAUUUGCCAUCGCGUUUUACAUCAGUGGGCGUAAUCGGCGCUCGUCGUCGCCGUCGUUGCGACAACGACCGCUGUUUUAACUGUUAUUCUCACCCCGACUUCGCGUAGCCGACCGUCCGUAUCGCGUGGCGACGCGAGAAAAUUCGCGGCGGCAACAAUACAAACUCCGGAUCGGAUAAAACCGUGACCGGGUGCCGCGCGUUACGUCGUGAAGCGUCUCUACGACUCUACCUCGCGCGACGGUCCGCGAUGCGGGCACGAGUGUCGCGAACUUAGCCGCAUAUCACUCUGUGCGCCACGACGUAACGUGACGCAACGCGACGCGGGAAAAAUCGGAUGCGCGUGUCGACGAGGAGGAGCGGGGGUGCCGACGCGGGAUGAGCGCGAGAGAAGUCACCCUCUACGGCGGGUCCCCGUGGGGCUUUCGCAUGCACGGCGGCUGCGACACGCAUCAACCCCUGCGCAUCUCCAGGGUGAAUCCAGGAAGCAAGGCAGCUCAACAAGGGGUGAGAGAGGGUGAUCUGAUCAGUAAUAUUAACGAAAGAAGCACUCGAGAUUUGACUAACAGCGAGGCGCACGCUCUGUUACGUAAUUCUGGGGAGCAGCUGAAACUCGGUCUCAACCAAGAAAAUAUCGGCUCGCCGAAAAGGAGGAUCUACAGGAGCAGUCUGCAAGAGAACACCACUACCGAAAUUCAGAACAAGAUCACCACAAGGACCACAACGACAACGCGCACACGGACGGAGUCGGAGAGGAACGUUGCCAAUGACACAAAAGUCGAGCAGAGCUACGCCAAUCAGAACGGUACUCUGAAGAGCUGCCCGAGCGAGCAACGAAGCGACGCUAAGAAAGGACACCGCGACCUUCUGGAUUACGCAACCGACGCGGAGGACUGCGCCGUAAUGCCGCAGGGCAAUGCGCGCAACCGCAACCGCAGCCGCAGGAAUCGGAACCGACGGCGACCUCCUCAGCCACCGACGAACGUCACGGAAUCCUCGCGAAAGGCCGAGCAGAGGAAGCUCGAGGAGGAGAAUCGUCCGACCUCGAGGAACGAGCGCGACGACGACGACGACGACGACGACGACGACGGCAACUCGAAGACGAACGACUCCGUCUCCGCGGAGAAUCCCGUUCCGGGGAAUGUCGACCUGACCGAAGACGAGGACCGGGGCGGAUCCUCGUUGAAUCACGGAUGCAGAUUCCGACCGAACGAUAAGCGCAGAAUCGAGAAGAUCGACCUGGCGGAAUCUCGUCCCGGGAUAAUCGAGAUCACGACCGUCAGCAGUUUACCUCUGGAAGCGACGAUCGGCCAUAUCGCCGGGGUGGGCAUUUUGGAGACCGGAAAUGGUAACGGAGCGUUGAAGGAGGCAACGAUAGUGACGGUAUCGGAACCGGUGGAAUCGGUAAGACCGCUUUCCGGUUGUACAAAGAGCAAGCUCUCGAAGCGAGCGAAUGAGACCCGAUUGGAGAUCCGAGAAGUCAAUGACAGCGAUGCGGAGGCCGAUUGUGGGUCAGCGAUCGUCGAAUUCGAAUCCGAUGCAGAGUCGGUCGGGGGACAGGACUCCGAGGAUCGCGUGGAAUUCCAGCCAAGGGAUCGGGUCGGGCAGCAAUACGUGCCACAGAAGAAGUUUCCCAAACCGGAAAUGGAAUCCCCGACUCUGAUGUGGGCCACCGUGAUGCCUAGAGACGUGGAGAAAAAGCUGCGAAAUUUCAUCGAGGACCUGCAACUACCGAGUUUCUCCGAGGAAGUAAUCGAGGACGAGGGGAGAUCUCUCGAGAAAGCUGCAUGCGACUUCGCGGCAGCAGAGAGCAGAUCCUUCGAGAAAGCAGCUAGCUCGCCGCGUCGGAAAACGAGGAAGUCGCGCGCGAUGUCGGUGUCGCAUUACGCCAGCAGCUUUCUGGACAUUAUACAAGAGGAGGGUGAAAGACUGUCGGAGGACGAGGCCCAGCAUAUCAGAGAUUUCAUCAACGAGGAAAUCAGCAAGUAUCGGCGCGAGGACAGGUCGCAUUCUGUCGAGAGGAUGACAUCGACGGAUGACGUCGAAGCGAGAAGGGUUGAUACUGACAAGAUCGAAUCGGCUGAUGACAAGUCGGAAUGCGAUAUUAAGAUUAAGAUUGAUACGACGAAGAAUGACAUUUCGGAAUUGUGUUCACGCGAUAAAGCGAACACUUGCGACGAGGUUGAGAACGUCGAGCCUGAUUCCGUUGAAAGUAUCGCGAGUCCUGAAAUCGAAGUGGUGAAAGACACUGAUCCUGUGGCUGAAACGAUGAGCGAACAAAUGAAUGCGAAGGACGACAUCCUGAAUAAUGAAUCUUUGGAAAUUUUAGUAGACGCGACGCGAGCUAAUUCCAACCUCGAGGACCGUUGUUGUAUCAUUGAGAAAAUUGAGAUUGUGAAAAAUGAUACUACGAAAGACGGUGAGGAAAAUAAUGAAGCGGAGAAGCUAGAAAGAAACCUGACAAGUAUUGUGACUGUAAGUGAUAUCGGUGACGCGGAUGUAAGUAAAGCGGGAGGUAAUAAAUUUUCGUCGGCAGUAGUCGAGGUACCCGGAAAAUCAGGCAACCGCGAUGUUCCGCGAAAAGAUUCCGUCGAGACUCGCAGGAUCGUUAAUCACAGCGUAUCACGAGUGGACGACGGAGUUGAUUCGGUCAUCUCGGAUUCGUCGUCGAGCGAAGUAACCCGGUCGGAAACGAAGCGACCGCCGCCUCUGCCGAAGAGGUCAUCCAGUUUCGGCCGCGAGCCUCAGAGACCGCCGACGCCACCUGAAAUAGACUAUAUCUCGAGCGGCGCGAAGAUUCAUCAGACGUCUGUUGCGGCGAACGGACGCGAACGUCGCGUCGAGUCGACGGAUUUAUCCGCGCGGAAGCGUGCGAGUUGCGAAGCGGCGGACGACGGGCUGCCACGACGGCCGGGGCUUCCCGGAGCUUGCAAGAGUUCUUCUUGCACGUUGAGGACGACCGGUCGGCCAAUUUAUGGCGAUGGUUUUUCGAGCUCGCGUGACCUCAUCUCGACGAUCGUUCGCGCUAAUGAGAUUCGUGGCCGUAUAAAUCAGGUCGGACGCGCCGACACCGCUCCGACAGCGGCCGGGAACGUUGAAGCUUCAACCGAGGGCGGUCGAUCGAUCGCGUCAUCGGGUAUUCGCGACGAUGAUCUGUCACGCUCGCGCGGCACCGGUGCUACGCACGUCGUCACGUUGGCAAGCACGACUAGCACGGAAAUAACGCGUCGCGAGGAAGGGAAACUCGCGACGCCCGCUGCACCGGCGGCAUAUGAUCAAAACGCGUCGUCGUGCCGGCAGGAGGGUGAGGCCGACGUGCGCCGGUAUCCCUCGGGUCAGGAGAGACGUGCGAAUUCGGGAAGGAAGGACGGCGAAUCUACGGCGAAUCGCGAAUCACCGGGGCGCAGUGAAUCAGGUACUCGUACGAAUUUUUCGGUGAGAGACAAAUCGGCGAUGGGCACGUCGAGUUCAAAGAGCAAGAAGAAACCCGAGGGAAAAAUCGGGGGGGAGAAGAACGAGAAAUCGACACCCGGCUCCCGCCACGAACGAAUAGUGAAGAGUGAGACGUCGGAGACGAGAAUAAUCGAACGACACGAGGAGAGUACGAGCGCUAACCAGCGCGAUGGCCUUCGCAAUUCGAAGUAUUCGACGUGGGAGUCGAAGCGCGAGGAGAGGCGCGAGGAAAAGCACGAGGAAGAAACGCGCAGUGUCUCAUCCCGAGAGAGCGACACGAGGAAUUCGUCCGACGACGAGGCGAGCUUUCGAAGAACGGACGUUCCAGUGAGCGAGAGUCCCUCGCUCGAGGACGAGUUGAUCGAUGUUCAAGGACACGACUCGUCCAGCAGCACCACGUCCCUGAACACCGUGAAGCAUCGUCCGUUGGAAGCGUCGUUGACCGAUAUUACCGCGAUUGUCCGCGAGACGAGAGAGGAGAGCUCGAAAGACGGAGAAGCGGGAGGAUCCCUGAAGCGGAAGCUCGCCUUGCUGAAAAACACGGAAAGAUCGGUAAAUGAGACGACGCCGAGAGAGAAUUCGAAAUCGCCCCAGCCUCGCCUCCCUUACUCGCCCGUGGAGGAUCUUUAUCGUGCGCCAUUGAAGAAAGCGGCCUCAGAAACUUCUGAGAUAGCCGCAAAAGACGUGUCGCGGCAACCACCCUCUCUCAGGAAGCUCUGCGUUGAGAGGAUUCGGUCGAUGCCGUACGGACCGCAAGUGAUAGGCGAGAUCACUACGCCAAAGUUCAACAUCUUCGAGAGCUUGCGGACUCUACAGAGGUUCGUUAGUGACGCGCCCGCGCAUCCGCACGAUAACGCUCAACGACUAAACUCAAUGCAUGGAGUGAGUGAUCGACGGCACGGACUAACGAAAACGUCGGACGAGACCGGCGAGCGUCAUCGUCCUAACGACAUUACGAACGCUGUUUCAGACCGGGCCAAGUUGCCGAAAAGCAUUAAUAUUGAGUUGUCAGAGUCGUCGGAGAACGAGAUGGAGAACCACCGGGAACCACGGUGGCGUGCGCUCACUACGACGGACCCGAGGCUUCUGAUAUGCCUGUCGCCGUCGCAACAGGCCACGCAGGUGCGCACGAGUGCCGACACCCUGCUGGACCUUCACCGAAAGUUCCUAAACCGGUACAGUUACCGCGAGGACCAGCCACACUACGUUCCUCUGCCGCAGUACCGAGUUGAGAUCCGUCCGAUCAAAGAGGGCGACGACGCGAUUUCGAAAACACCGAAGCCGACUACUCGAGCGAGUCGCCGAGACAGCACGAUCGAGAGUUCCAGCAGUAGGCUGCUGGAAAUCAUCAAGGAAGAACGAAACGGUCCUCGAAACGAUACACUCGCGGAUCAGCAGACGAAGACGAUAACCGAUGACGCCACUGGCGACUCUUUUGGGCGCAGGGGUCAAGAAUGUUUCAAGGCCGAGCCACGGCCGAACGACUGGUUCAAUCUGGCCAGACACGAUUGCCGAAGCGCCACCGCGAACGAGUUAUUCUUCGCGACGACGAGAGGCGACGAUAAGCCGAGCGGUGGUCACGUGGCCCAGUCCGAUCGGCUUAAGAUUGCGACACGUUCCGCCGCCCAGGCUGGACAUCGAUCGUCGGCAAACGACAACGCGAUAACUCAGAGAGAUUCAGAGAGAUCGUCAGCGAAUAACGUUAAGUGCCCGAUCGUGCUGAACGGUACGAUCGUUACCGAUCGAUCGAUGGACGCCGCUGGCAAGAGGACGCCGCCCCUCAGGAAGACAAUCGAUCUUGGCAAGCACGUGAAUCCGGCGUUGAUCGACGACAAGCUCGAGGUACCGCCGUUGCCGAAGCGCGCGGUCACUGUCGACAGAUCGUGCAUCGAUACGACGAGUAUUUUCGAUCAGAGUCCGCCGAGGAGUCGUCUGGAGCCGCGUAGAGGACAUCGCGAAGCGGAGAAACUGAAACACGUGGCCGCUGUGGAGAUCGUGGAUAAACUGAAAGAGCUGCAGACGGAAACGUCACGGCGGCUCGACGACGACGAUAAGAAGGGCUCGCUACCUCAGGAAUACUUCGCUCAGCAGCUGAGGUACAUCGAGCUGCUGGAAGAUCAACUGAAAAACGUGAUAUUAGCGGAAGAGGAGGAACGGAAGGCUUUCGAGGAAUUCCAAACGCAUUUUCAUCGAACGAAACAAUGUGACGACACGAGGAGGCCGUCUCUCGCCGACAUUCUCGAAGAAACCUCGAAAAAGAUCAGCAUAAAUCUCGAACGCGAACGUAAAAUUCCGAUCGAUGUCCGUGGGAUGACAGACGGAAAAUGUGGGGAAGAUAAGCGAGCGGGACCUCGAGGUCUCGAGGAGAAAUGCCUCAAGGAGACCUAUCGAAGCGAGCCGAGAAUUCAAAAAGAAUCUUGGCAAGAGAAGUCACGGAAUGUAGAAAAGAAUCGUACGGAGACGAUCGAUAAAGUAGGCGAUCGGCAGUUUCUGAAGAAGGUACGCCACGAGAACGGGCAUCACCAGGAGAAAUCCUCAGAAAGUGUUAAACAUGAGGAACGCCACGUGAUCACGCAGAAGGAAAACUUGGCGGGGACGGAGGGGAAUGGAACGUUUGAGUCUCGCGAGGACAAAGUUAACGAUUGUUGCACGAAAACGCGGUCGACGGGGACACCUCGAAACGACUCCGAGGUGUUCGCUGAAAAGACGACUCAGCGUAAGAACGUUGAAGUGAGGAGGCCGACGACGUUACCGACGAACGGAGAGGCAUUUCGCCAGCGAAUGUACGACGAGUACGUGCACAAGGUGCUGGAGCGGCAGGAGCGGAAGAGCCACAAAGUCGUGAAGAUCAGCUCGCACGAGGACAUAAAGCGCAAAGCGGAUGGUGAUAUGAGCGCGAUGGCGAAGGAAUUUAUCGAGAAGGCACGCAGCAGGCUGAACAAGUUCGGGAUCAAUCUCGACGAGAGCGGAGGGACGGAGCACGAGGAUGACGAUGGCGAUGCUCUAAUCAACGCGAAAUUUCUAAUAGACGGCAAGGAGCUGCAGGACGUUCGGAAGCUGCCGAAGCAUCUGCGGGAGUUCCUGAAGAUCUCCACGAUGAGCGACAACGAGGGGAGCGGCUGCGAUGCCAUUGCGAAGAGAAGAGUCAGGAAUGAAAGUGAUCUGCUGCACGAGAUCGACAAAGCUUUAAGAAUCGGCAGGGGAUUUCUACUUGGGCAAGAAAACGUUAUGUUCGCCCCCACGUUUAAAGCCUCGUCGGCGAAACCAGGCGUUUGGUCGCCAGGACAAACGCCAGCUGAGAAGGUACCGAGUCCCGAACGAAGGAAAGAGCCACAGAAGAAGAACGAGCCGAUCCCACCAGUUUGGACCCCCGCCAGCGCCGGCGCGAGCCCUGUCGCUGAGAGGAAGGAAUUUCGUCCUGUGCCAUUCGAAAGUCCUGUACUAAGCCGGAAGAGGCAGCCGAAGGAAGAAGAGGCGUCUCCGCCCUGGGAAGGCGAGGAGAAGAAGGAGAGCGGCAUCUCGCGAAUCGUAAAUUCGCAUUCGGCACCCUCCCAGGGGUUGAACACCCUUGCGUCUACGCCGCGAUUGCCACGUGCCCAGAAUCCGACCAUCACGUUGCUGCAGAAAGCGCGAGAGGGACAAUUGCCGAAAGGCGCAGCUUACUUAGAGGAAAGCGAUAAUCGGCCAGUGAACGACGAAAGGCCGCUAAUCUCUCCGGGAGAGAUAAUUUACACGUUGAAGAAAGAAUACGAGAGCGAGCCGGAAACGGAGAAUGAACCGGCGAAGAAGAUGGCCGAUCUGGGCCCUCGAAAAUUCGAGGGAAUCGGACCGAUAACUAGGGAAGGUAUCCCUCUCGUGUUAAGAUCGGAAGUCAAGGAAAGCAAUCAAGCGAAAUGGUACAAGAAAAUGUACGACUCGUUGCACCGCGCUGAUAGAAACGAUGACUACGUAACCAUAAAAUACAAAUCAAGAAGAGGAGGGAGAUAUGGAUACGGAAGCGGCAGCGGAUAUUUGAGUGAACCGGAACCGCGUGCAUACUCGGAUCGAUCCGUUACUCUCGAUAGCCGUCGACGGCUGCGCAACAAAGAAAAUGACUUCACCACGGCGACUAUGCCCAGAAAAAAUGGGGCGCUGAAAUACUCGACGGAGAUUUAUAAAAAUCAACCCGGCCGCAUCGAGGACUAUGAACCAGGGCACUCGUCGAUCGCCGAGAAGGAAGCUAAAGAGUGGUGGGACGAGGUCAUGGACAUAUUUGACGGGUGGCUGAACGAAAACGGACAUCCUCAGCACGCUAGGAUGGAGUCCCUGGGCGGUGGCGUCCGGCAGUCCCGCGUCCUCAGCCUUUCCUACCGGCCGGAGGACAGUCCUUUCGAUCAGCGCAGCAACGCACGUGCCGCGGCCAAGCCGUACAUAACUCAUGCCCUCAAAGAGUCAGGCUACGAGAGCGACUCGACGCUGGUGUUCCGCCGACGAGAAGAUAUUAGUCCGCUCAGCCUUUUGGAGCAGAGACUAGCAUACAAAACGGUGCAGAGCGGUGGUGACGUACCCCUCCAUGGGCUUCGCAAGCCAGCUCCAGAACGUCCGAAGGACGACUCGGAGAUCGAAUAUUUCCCGAUCUCGCCAACUCUGACGAGGAUCCGCGUGCAUCGAAGAAGCGCUUCGUGCACGUCAAGAAUCAUCUCGUCCACGACGGCAUUCUCAACGUGGCACGAAUGGUCGAUAUUAUCCUCGAUCGAUACAAGAUCCCCGCCGCAGGUCAUGAGAGCUCCUCCUCAUAGCCUCUCAUCGUCCGGUAGAGUUCUUUCGCAAGCUAUGUCGGCGCCAAGGCCUCCUUCGCCGCCCCGAAGAAAAUCGUCACGCCAUAGCAGAACCUUGAGAAAAUUAUACUCGGAGAAUACGCGAUUGAUCGAUAAUUCGUACACCGCCGUAUAUUCGAAACCUAGGCACGAACAGUGCUUCGCGCAUGCCGAUAACGUAUCGAGCAUCAGGUCUCUAAGAGAGAGAUUCUGCAGCAAUCUCGAGCGGCAUCGACAAAGUCGCGAGCAGUUUCAUAGCACAGUCGUACGCACGUCCUCCAGCAGCCCGAUUGCCUCAAAGACCACCAAGGUGUCUGCUUUGCUCUCCAACACCUUCGGUAAAAGAAAAUCGGAUCCCUGCCUGUCACAAACUCAAUUUGAAGCAAAGAAGUUAAACUUGCCGUCAAGUAGUGUGAGAAAUCACGCUUGUUCCUCAACGUCGCCGGCAUCGAGAAGUAUUCGCGAAGCUUCUUCAGUGAAGCUUGAUAAACUCACAGCAGUAAAGGUACCAUCCAGACACGCAGUUUCUGUUGCCACUAAAGUAAGACAGAAAUCUCCGGAGAGAAUAAAAUCGGAGCCUCUCUCAACUGCGAAAAGAGAGAAACUUCGUUUGACGAAGAAAGAGCAAGAACGAUCUUGUAGAAGGCUAAGCAGAUCACAGGAACUCUCCUCACCAGUGGAGGUCAAGAAAGCUUUGCAGAAGCACAAAGAGAAAGAAACGAAGGACGUGCAGACCAAGAUACUUUCGUCGGGCACUGUAGUAAAGAGCUCGACGGUCUCGUCGAUGAGUAAACAAAAGCGUCCAGUGGAUAAAUCUCUCAAAGCUGUUUCGCUUAAGGGACAGGAAGUAUUACGAAAGACAUCUGAACAGCUUACGGCGACGAAAAGGUCAAGCGCCCAGCUAAAGUCUCCUGCGAAAAGUGCGUCAUCACAGAUUACUAAGACGGAGUCAAAGAAGACGAAGAUUGUCGCGAAGCCGCGAGAAAAGCUGGUUGUUAGCAAAGAAUCCUUGCGUUCGAUGUCUUCGUCCUGUUCCGAAGCGAUCGGUGAAAUGAACAAGAGGAAGCGACCUCGUGAGAAACCGCACACGAUCGUCAAAACUCCAACGAGGAAGCCGGAGACAAUACGCGUAAUUGUGAACGGUGACAGGAAAAAGAUGGAUGCGAGGAGGAAAACACGGAGAGAUAAGAGCGUCGAUGAAGCGGACGUGAGCAAGACUUUGAACGGGUGGAGGGAGAUGGCCGAGAAGGAUGAGAUCAAGAUACUGAGGAGAAUAGAGAAGAUAGCGCCGAGUGUCGGGCAAGAUUCCAAGAUCACCUGCUUGACCGUGGAGGAGAUCAAGAAACAUCAGGAAGCAACGCGCACAGACACUUUCUUCCAGAACCUUUUCCUACGGAAUCAUCCAUCGCUCGAACAAUCUCACGAAGAAAGCACGAGGAAGUCUCUCGUCAGCGAGCGUGCAAAAAUGUUUCAGGACAGCGUGAGGGAGAGCUGCAGGUCGGAGCCGUCUCUGAAAUCUUUGAGCGUGUAUUUGGCGCACAAGCGGCCGGUCUCGAACUCAAAGUUCAAAAACUGGGAACGCGAGAGCGUCGUCUCGUCCAGGAGUUCAAGCCCGUAUGGAGUCUGCUGGCCUGGCCGGUCGGUUUUUCAAAAGAUCGGCAAGUUUGACAGCUUAUUGGGCAUCGAUGAUUUUGGCUCGUCCACCACGUUGCGCGUUCGCAGUCCAGAAUCAAUAUCGCGAGAAUACGUGAAGGAGCGAAGCCUAAGCGAGCCGCCAUUGAAGACUCUGCCUGAGUCCAAAGAGUCUUCACCAAGAUCCUCUUCGCCAUCUCCGGUGAGAUCGCAGGCGUCUCGACGCAGGACUCACAUCUCCAAGCGGGAAGACUCAGACGCCCCGUUGACGAUUACGACAAAAGUAAGAGCCAGAAGCGCCGGCGAGGCAGAGGACGCUAAGAGGGACGGUUCGAAUCUAUCAUUGACGAAGAGCACCGGUUCACUAUCGUCCAUGGAUCGCGAGGAUUAUCAACAAUAUAUACUCGAAUUGUUGCACCAUAGACGCAAAUCGGCACGGUACAAAGAUCUGCGUGACUUCUAUGCGAAUCUCAGCAGGAUGGAUCAGUUGGAGCGUACGUUUUCCUCCGGGGAUCUACGACCGCGGCUGAAAAACGAAGAAAUCAUCGAUUACGAUCGUUGGAAACGGGUUAGAUCGAAGGAGAAGGCAGAACAGGAACUGAAGGCGCUUUACGGAAAGCUGAAGAGCGUUCAACGUGACAAGGACUUUCUUUUCAGCGCGAAAGACAUUGAGAAAUUUAGGUGGCACGGCGACUGCGGGUUGCGCUGCAAGGAACGCUCCGUGGAAGAUAUCUUGCAGUAUUUUCGAAGACUUCAGAGCGAAGAAGGCGAGCUGGACUUCACCAAGAAAAAAGCUGUCGUGCAGAAGGAUACGUACAAACCUCUCUGGCGCGGAAAUUCGGUCGUGAACGUGGCGAGCACGAUGCAGAAGAAGGCAAAUGUCAAUUUUCGGGACACUAACAAAUUCGCAGAAUAUCAUCCAUCGUUACAGAGGAGUCUCGGCGGCAGCAAGAAGUUCUGGAGCAGUUUGUCCAUCGAGCAGGUAACCAACCUGAAGAAGCAACUGAACGAAAUUUACGGUAGUGACAGUCUUCAGAAACGAUCGAACGACGACGUUGUCGAUGCACCUCGCGAAAUUAGCGAGCAUCAGCAACUACCUAUUAAAGAAAAUCCCAUUGCUAAAGACGAUAAUUUGACCAGCUACGAAAUUAUUGUACCGCCUGAAGGCGAUUCUCAGAAUUAUCCUCAAGACGAUUCAAAGAGUCUCCACGUACGAUGCCAUUCAAUGAUAGCGACAAACGAGUCAAUAUUAAAACAACAGAGCGAUACCGAGAAAACGUUGAAGAAAAGCGAUUCCAUUGGACGUUUAAAGAGCAUUGAGAGAUCAGAAUCAGAGAGAUCGAUCUCGCCGUCGAUGUCGGAGCUAGAGAAGAAGAGGCUGUCGUUGACUCUCGGUAAAGAAGUGCUGGACAGAAUGAUGCAAAAAAGACAAUCGUCGCCUUUAGCGCCUCGCGAGACUCGUGGUAGCAUCGCCGCUGCCUCAGCGGCCAGGAAGAUGCCGACAAAACCGUCUACAAAGAGUACUACCGCAAGACCUCCUUGUGCACCCGACACGCCCAGUGUGGCCAGCACUUCCCCCAGGACCUGCUAUUCCCUCGAAGCGCCAUACGUUGAAGACACAACUAAAUCGAAAGACAAGAGCGACUUCCUGCUGGUGUUGACGCCCGAUAACGAGAGCCCCAGCGACAAGCAACGCGUGGAGACCGUACUCGAGGAAUGGUCGAAGAAACCUCCCUUGUUAGCCAUGACGGUACCAACUGAGAAAGCAAAAUCGAGCAGCAAGUUUGCCUCGGGCAGCGAUGGAGACAGCAUGACGGAGAGUUCGGAGACCUCAGUGAGAACGGUGAUCCAGCGCGGCAAUGGGCCCGAGACGGAGGACGUGUUGCGGAAGAUCGAGUUCUUCGAGAAUGUAGAGAAAAGAACAGAACAGCGGAAGGAGAUCGUGCCGAUGGCGACAGCAGCGACCACAACGACGUGGACCUUUCGCGGCAAGAAGAAGCUACCGUCGUCGCAAAGUUUUGCUGAUCUGAAAGAGCUAUUUGGCGAGUCCGAAUUAGCCAAGUACAGUUCGCUGGCCGGUACCGCCGGUAGGUUCGAUCGGUCGCGAUCGACGUCGCCGCGGGAACGAAAGAUCGACGGUGGCUCGCCGACGCUGCCGGAAGUGAUGAGUACGCGACAACAACGACGAUCGUUCCGCUCCUGUUCACGGGAGCGUGAACACGACGCGAGGCCGCGUAGCGUCAGUCCGUGUCGCGCGACCACGCGAUCGAACUCGUCCUGCAGCGUGGACAGCGGCGGCGGCGGCGGUUGGCCGCGCAGUUCGUCGCCGGAUCCCGAGAGGUACUGGCGAGCCUAUCUCAACCUGGUGCGAAACGGCACGGUGCGUAGGUUACGCGCGAGAUUCGAAAGCGCCGAGGAUCUACCACGACGCGUCAGGAUCACCGCCGUGCCGAAGCGCUUUCGCAGUGAUCCAGAAUUGGCGCGGAGCUUGCUUAAGAAGGCGAGCGAGGGAGAGGAGCGUUCAGGCGGCGCUCUGAAGCCUCAGCUCGAGCACGUCGACGUGGCGUGGUUGCGCAAGAAAUUCGAGACGAAGAAGGGACGAGCAGCACGGAUAGGACGAAGGGGCGAGUCACCACCGAUCCCGCGAAUACCGCUGCGCCGGGAAAAUCUCUCGAUGCCGCACAUCGAUGUCAUCAGCAAAACGGUCGAAUUGAAGGAGCCCCAAGCUACUAGUACUGUUACCAAUCACGUGACCAGACGAGCGGAGACCAAAGAACUCGAGGCGAGGAAACCGGUCUGCCGGAUGCGGAAGAGAUUCGAAUCAUUGGACACCGGUGGUGGCCGAACCUCCAUAAUGGGCGAGAUGUUCACGUCGGCGCCGGAUGUGCGUGAACUUCGCGACAUCGCGCCCUACUUGGCUGGGAAGUGGGUGGCGCACCGGUACCCCAGUCGGCGGGACAACAUGCGCUCGUUGUCAUCGCCGGCCGAUCUCGGGAUUCACCGGGCCAGUACCUCGAAGACGCGUUCCUCCUCGGUUGACAGGAAGAAACCGGAACGUCCGCGUGCCACCUCCUCGUCGCCGACGCGACCGCGAACGGCCCCUGCGUCGAUUCUCAAACCGUCGCAGCAGACCGCCUUCGCCGGACAAUCCUUCGACCCCGACAAGCACAGGCCGAGGUUCAGGUACCAACCACCGCCUCCGCCGCCUUCGCCCACCGCCAUGCGAAAGCAUAGAACCUGGUGGCCGACUCUGCCUGUCUACAUGGCGCGACCUACCGUCACCUUUGAAGAAUACUCGAAUGCACCCCCGCCGCCACCAAAAUCCCAGCACUGCAGAGACGAUCGCCAAGAAUCGCCGAGGCGUUAUGUGGAGGGUGAGGUGACGAUUCACUAUCGCUCGCCGGUGCGUACAGAGGCGAAGGAGCCGCUGAGCGAGGAGGAGCUCGCACGUCGCAGCGCGGAGAACAUGCGGCGCGUCUACCAGGAGGAGCGCCGUCGCAAGUAUCUCCAGGAGUUGCACGACAUCGACUCCCGCAGACACACCGACAAUUUUAUACCAUCACAGAAGUCACCCAUACCACUGAAUCGCUACGACGAUUUCGUGGACGAUUUGAGCCAGCGAAGUCGAUCCCAAGAUCAAACGCCGGAGCCGCGUCUGGUGGCAAGAGCGCUCUACAAUUUCGUCGGCCAGUCGUCCCGGGAAUUGACUUUCCGGCGUGGCGACCUUAUAUUCGUUCGACGACAGGUGGACAAGAAUUGGUACGAGGGAGAAUACAACGCGAUGAUCGGACUGUUCCCUUCCAACUACGUCGAGAUCCUACCGUACGAUGGUACGAUGCGAACGACACCAAAGAAGGCUCACGAGGGACAGGCACGGGCCAAGUUUAACUUUAUCGCCCAGACCAAUCUCGAGUUAUCCUUGGCGAAAGGCGAAUUGGUGGUCUUAACAAGGAGGGUCGACGAAAAUUGGUACGAAGGACGUAUAGGAAAUAGAAAAGGGAUCUUCCCGAUUUCCUACGUCGAAGUUAUCACCGAACCCGGACAUCGAUCAGAGACACCGAUUCAGAACAAACCGGUCGCGUCUCCGGCGGCGCACAGUCUCUUAGCAAACGGCUCGUCCGGAGGGAAAAUGAGUAUGGGACCCCAUCAUUACGUGCCGUCCAUCCCGGUCAAUAUCAACACAACCCAGCCCCAUUAUAAUUCACUGCCACGUAUGGGAGGGAGCAAGUUGCAUGUGUCACAACUCAGCGAAACUCUACAUAUCGACACACAUUCGGAACCGAUCCCAUACCGGGCGUUAUACAACUACAAACCGCAGAACGACGACGAGCUGGAGUUGAAGGAGGGCGACACGGUGUACGUGAUGGAGAAGUGCGACGACGGAUGGUAUGUUGGUUCCAGUCAGAGAACCGGCUACUUCGGCACCUUCCCGGGCAACUACGUGGAGAGAUUGUGAGGAAGGCCGACGGUCCAGGACGCCACGCGGCGCAUCAGGACCCAGGAUAGCUUUCACCAAAGCACUAAGCGUUAGAAUAAGCACCAAAUUUCUCAACGUUUAACCCAAUCGUUUCUGACAUUACGAAGAUUUCCGCAAGUUAGAGCUAGCCAGAAGAGACUUUUGUUGAAGGGAAUUCUAAUAUUUUUUUUAUUUUCUUUUUUUAUUGUAAAAGUGAAGAACGGACAUGUAUAUAAUACGCAUGAUUGUAACUCCUGCAUCUUUUACGACGCGCGAUUAUUUACAAGCAGUUAUGAGUACAAUUUAUUUUACAAUUAUUUAUUUGUUUAUUGUGCAGACGCACAUUUGCAGUUUUAUUUAU